AUGGCGAGCACAACCUGGACCAAACUUGCCGCGAGCUCCUCACUUCGGCGGUCGUCUCAGACGCUGUGUGUAAUUGGAAAGACAGCCUACAUCUAUGGGGGAGAACUGCGUCCGCGUGAGCCGGUCGAUUCAGACGUGUACCAAUUUACGCUGAGUCAAGAUCAAAUUGACCAGGGAGGAUCUGUCUCUCGCAUAAGUCCAACGUCCUCACCACAACCUAGGGUGGGCUCGGCGUCAACGGCUUUCAAUGGGCGACUUUAUGUUUUCUCGGGCCGUGGCGGGAUAGCUAUGGCACCAAUUGAAGAGAAUGGAUCAUGGUGGAGCUUUGAUCCCAAAGAUCAAGCCUGGCAUACCAUAGUGCCCAAGAAUUCUCAGUCACCAUUUCCGACUGGCCGCAGCUAUCAUGCUCUUGCAAAUGACGGAGAUGAUAAAAUUUAUCUUCACUCAGGUUGCCCCGAGAAAGGUAGAUUGGCCGACUUAUGGGUGUUUACUGUCACGCAUCGAGAGUGGCAGGAGCUUCCUUCAGCCCCUGCACCAGCCAGGGGCGGAGCAUCAAUUGCAUUUACAAACGGCAAAUUGUGGCGGAUGAAUGGAUUUGAUGGGACAAAGGAGCAGGGGGGCAAACUUGACGUUUUCGAUCCUACUGCCAAUUCUUGGAGCUCGAUUGCCUUUCCUGCCAACGGUCGAGAAGGGCCUGCACCUCGCAGUGUGAGCUGUUUGCUUCCAUUGACCGUCCGUGGAAGGAAGUGUCUCUUGACUAUGUUGGGAGAAAGCGACCCCAGUAACUUAGGCCAUCAAGGUGCCGGAAAGAUGCUCGGAGACAUUUGGCUUUUUGACAUUUCGUCCCAAGCGUGGCGGGAGGUUCUCGUUCAAGGUCCCGACAAGCCAUCGCCGAGAGGUUGGUUUGCGGCCGAUGUUCUCGAUGAAUCGAAUAUUCUGAUCCAAGGGGGUCUAUCAGCGUCAAAUGAUAGGCUGGACGAUCUGUGGCUGUUGCAGCUCUAA